ACGAACGACAACCAUCUCGACAAUCCCCUCCCUUCGUCCCCCGGUCGACUAUCCUUUCACAUAACAGCAAUCAUGGCUGACGCUGCUCCUCGUCGUGGAGGUUUCGGAUCUCGCGGUGACCGUGGUGGUGACCGCGGUCGUGGCCGUGGCCGUCGUGGUCGUCGUGGUGGUGCGAAGAGCGAAGAGAAGGAAUGGCAGCCCGUCACCAAGUUGGGCCGUCUCGUCAAGGCUGGCAAGAUCACCUCGAUGGAACAGAUCUACUUGCACUCUUUGCCCGUCAAGGAAUACCAGAUUGUCGACUUUUUCCUGCCCAAGCUCAAGGAUGAGGUCAUGAAGAUCAAGCCUGUCCAGAAGCAGACCCGUGCCGGUCAGCGUACCCGAUUCAAGGCCAUUGUCAUCAUUGGUGACGGUGAAGGCCACGUCGGUCUUGGAAUCAAGACCUCCAAGGAAGUCGCUACUGCUAUCCGUGCUGCUAUCAUCAUUGCCAAGCUCAGCGUUUUGCCCAUUCGCCGUGGUUACUGGGGUACCAACCUCGGUGAGCCUCACUCUCUUCCUACCAAGGAGAGCGGCAAGUGUGGUUCCGUCACUGUCCGACUUAUCCCUGCUCCCCGUGGUACCGGUCUCGUUGCCUCCCCCGCUGUCAAGCGUCUCCUCCAACUUGCUGGUGUCCAGGACGCCUACACCUCUUCUUCCGGUUCCACCAAGACCCUCGAGAACACGCUCAAGGCUACUUUCCUUGCCGUCGGUAACACCUACGGUUUCCUUACCCCCAACUUGUGGAAGGAGACUAAGCUCAUCCGCAGCCCAUUGGAGGAGUUUGGUGAUGUCCUCCGUGAGGGCAAGCGUUACUAGAUGUCUGGUUUUAUGAGGGAUUAAAAAUGCAUAACAUACCUAUUUCUUCUUUUCAUUGUUUUCUUCUAAUGCCGGAGCAUGACACCUUUUCUUUGAUCUAAAAAGAAGUCAAUCGAACCGACCUGAUUAUGAAACGAAACGUAAAAUCAGGCGGGGGAUCGUAGCUUGAUCUGUUAGUAAUUAUCUAUAGAAUACAAGCACUUGAUCCUAAU